AUGCACAUCAUCGAAAAUUGCUUCUAUGCUGUGUUGCGGCGCUACAAGGAAGACGAUUUCAUUAUGGAUCCAUGGUUCCGACAUUGCUUUGAGAAUGUGGACAUCGAGAAUCGCUCCGCAUGGCCAAACAAUGAUUACUUCGGCAACUUGAUGAAAUAUUUGUUCCAACAAUAUGGCCGUAAUGUGAAGACGAAUUUGGAUACACAUGCACAGAAACGAUUGCGGUAUUUCUUGAGAUUGAAGGCAUUCAGACAGAACUACACUAACCGGAUUCGUGGCCUACCGGACACAUACGAUGAACGAGAUGUGGCAAAUGCAGUGUCAUGGGCAAUCAAACGAUAUGACGCAACGAGAGGUGAUGCUAAUCGCUUGGCCAAACGAGAUCGAUUGUUGCGUUACGUUCGAGACAUUCGUGGACCAGCUGACGAUGAUAUCGCCAAAUUCACCAAAGACGAAGAUACAUGGUUUUCAUCAUUGCCAAUGUGGUUGAUCAUGCAAUCGGAAAUCGAAACGCACCUCAACUGGGUUGAACAACACCACGACAACAUCGUGCAAGUCAUUGCGUUGCCAAACAUCAAGAAUUUGGUGGUCAUCCCAAUCUGUCAUCACACGCGAAAGGCAGUGAGAAUAGACGCUGAUGUUUUGUAUCGUAUGAUGUGCGAAACCGGUACCAUUCCGCGUGAUGAAUAUGGUCGGCAACAUACAGUGGGCCACGUCACGUCAAAAUCAAAUCAAGCGUAUUAUUUCAAUAUGAUUUUUAACAUGGAGAAAAUCAAUCGAGUGUUGAAAGCAAACAAAAAAUUCGAACAUAUUCUCAGCGAUGGUGUAUCGGCAUCGAUUCUGUACUCAGUGAAGAAAACCGUAGUCGACAAGUUAGUGGAAGAUGGUUUGGUGCGUAAACGGUACUCUGAUGGUUUCUAUGUCUAUGAAUUGGGCAUUGAUUGGGGCAUGAAGACGUGGAAUGCAACCGUUAGGCGACGGAUUAAUAAUGACAAAGAGCGAAUUCAUAAUGGCAAAGAGAUGAACUUCACAAUCAACAGCAAGAAGUAUCAUUAUGGGACCGAAGAAGGAGUGCGUAAAGAAAAGAGAGAGCGAUGGACUCGUGCCUUUGGGCAGUUCGAAGAGAGUGAUCGAAACAACCGUGUGCGAUAUGACCGAAUGCCAUCACCAAAAGGAAGCAAUUGGCGUGACUACAUACGGCAUCGAUUGACCAUCAUGAAGAAAGCCAUUGCAGUGUACACAACCAAAAAGUACACACGUUUAAGUUUUGAUCAUUACAUCGAGUCCAAUCGUGUCAGUGACAAGGUGGCCGCAAUGCUGACAAAUCGCAAACGAUGCAUCAUUAACAUUGGAGCUUCCCAACCACCUGCAAAUUCACCAAUACAGAUCAAGAAACACGUUCGAUGCCCGGGCGUGCGGAAAUUGGUGAAGAGUUUCAAGAAAAUGGAAGGCAAUGUCAUACGAUUUGUGAACGAAGCCAGAUCAUCACGAUUGUGUGCCAGAUGUUUCGAACCAUUUCCAUUGAGUACAUUGAACGAUCGUGUCAAGGUGUGUGAAUGGUGUAUGCCCGAUCAAGAUGAUUGGCCUGAUGGAAUGAAGCUACCAGAGAAAAUUGUAGCGGCAAAGAGCAAGCGGAAGUUACGAUCAGAGCGACGAGCGAUGCGACAAGCAGCAGUGCAGAAUCCAAAUCAACCCCGUGGUUUUGUGUCUAAGGUGAUUUGCUACCGUAAAAACUGGCAACAAAACGCGGCAAACGGUAUGGAUGACAAUGUUGAAGAGCGCAGAGGUGUAAUCAUUCACGACGCUGAACUCGGUAUCAUCGAGUACACAGAUGAAUAUGUGCCCGAAGACCCUGUUGACGACUCUCCAGUACUGAAGACAGUUUGGCAACGUGACAUUUCGGCUGCAAAAUUGAUCUUGUACAGAGGGCAUUGCGAACUCUUUGGACAUCGGCUGCAUGAUGCGUUCACACGUCAACACCUCGUGUAUCCAACUCGAUUCCGAGUCAACUUCAACAUUCAUUAAUAUCAAUGGAGCCGCAAUUUAUGUUUUAUUUUUCAAAAGAAUUUAUGUAACAGUAUGUUAUUUGUAGUUGGUUGAGGUCUUAGUCUCCCAGACAUCAUCGAUACCAGAUAUCGAUGGCUAUCUAUAUUCUAUAGUCUAUAUAGAUGUAGGUAGAGUACAGGAUAAUUCCUGUAGGUGAGUAUCACUAUUUAUUAGCAUAUUGAAUAUUGAUUCAUAAUCGUUUUUAUAUCAUUCUAAUUGAUUUGUUUUUACUGCUCUUUUUCUACUUCCAUUGUGACGUUAAAAAUGACUGAAACUACACCCAAAUGCGGGCCCAAAUUCAACCGUUUACAUACGCUUGGUAAUGGAUGUAUUUGCGUUAACAAUUGUUC